CGAAUGGUUGGAAUCCGUGCUGAAAAGUGUAACGAGUUGGUUGUUCUGGAGGAAUAGCAGAAAGUGGUUUCGGUGAAAAAGAAUAUUUUUAACAACAAAUUCAAUUCAAAAUGGGUGGAGUUUCGUAUUUCAUAUUAACGUUUUUGGCAUGCUGUCUACUGGGAAUUACGAAAGUGGAAUGUAUCGUUGGAGGCCACCGUGCGGAUUCUAGCUCAGCUCACUUCAUGGUUUCGGUUCAAAAUCCAACUCACAUUUGCGGAGGGGCUUUGGUAGGAACUUCAUCUGUAUUGACAACUGCAUCUUGUGUUUCUGGUCGGACAAAUAUCAAAGUCCUUGUUGGGUCUCACCGACUUCUUACAAAUCGAGAAAGGGUUAACGCUAGUCCUGUACUUCACUCGUCAUAUAGUUCUACGACUGGUGCCAACAAUCUGGCCAUUCUGAAGUUGGAAAAAUCUGUAACAUCGUCUCUAGUUGCUGUUAUAGCGCUUAAUGAUGCUGCAAUAACUACUGGAAAGACGACUGCAUUCUACGGCUGGGGUGCGCUGCAGUACGGAUCCACAAGGUCGAAUGAACUGCAAACUCUUUAUCAAAGAACUUUAACCAAUGCGGAUUGUGCUAAGCUAAUGGGAAAUUCCGGGACACUUACUACCAAUCAAAUCUGUGCACGAAUCCAACCAAGUCAAGCGGCAUGCUCGGGUGACGAAGGAGGACCUCUGGUCGAUGUUGCUACUGGAAAGCUUGUUGGAAUCUACGUUUACGGUGUUCAAUGCACUGGAAAUAAGCCUGAUGUUUUCAUGAAUGUGCUACCUUAUACCUCGUGGAUCAAUACAAACAAAUGAACUAAUAGGAAUUUAGGAAAUUUUGAAUGAUAAAUCGAUUCGAAAAC